AUGUUAAAGCAAGUUCAGGAAAUCUCAAAUAAAAAUUACUCACGCCUCGUCGAUGGCUAUCGUAUUCCAGCUAUAUUUUCGGUUAAUGCAUUUAGAUCCGCUGUACAUUAUAGUCCAAAAGAAAGCGAUGUAUUCGUAUGCACGUUUCCGAAAUGCGGAACAACGUGGCUCCAACACAUCGUAGCCCUCAUAUAUCGUAAAGGAGAGCCGUAUAAUGGAAUACUCGAUUUUUUUACUUCCAGCCCUUUUCUGGAAAUGUGCGGUUCCGAAGCGGCUGAAUCACCAGAAAGAUCAUUAGGAGCAAUUAAGAUUCAUCUUCCUUAUCAUCUAGCACCAAUAUCACCAAUAGCCAAAUACAUAUAUGUGGCUAGAAAUCCCAGAGAUUGCUGCGUUUCCUUUUAUCAUCACGUUAAAUCAUUGCCCAUUUAUGAGUUUCAAGAAGGGACAUUCGAAGAUUUCUUAGAACUAUUUAUUAAUGGUCAAACGAAUUUCGGUGAUUAUUUCGAUAAUUUACUCUCCUGGUAUUCUCAUAGAAACGAUAACAAUGUUUUAUUCUUAACAUACGAAAAUCUUAAGAGAAAUUUACCUGAUCAAGUGAUGAAGAUCGCUGAAUUUCUCGGUGAAGAAUAUUAUAAAAACUUGAAGAGUGAUGAAAUACUUUUUCAGACGAUCCUCCAACGAUCCAGCUUCGAGUACAUGAAGAAACACUGCAGUUGUUACUAUGAUAACUUCGUCGAAGCAUUCGAAAAAGCAUACGAUGACGGAGAAGACUUGCCAAAUGGCAUUAAAGAAUUAGUCAUAAACUUUAAAUUAUCGAAAAAUCCAACAAACGAGAAAGCUAAAGAUUGGAAUUUCAUUCGCAAGGGUAUAAUCGGCGACUGGAAAAAUCAUUUUAAUCAGGAACAACAAAGUAAAAUGGACGAAUGGAUACGAAACAAGACUAUAGAUACUGAUGUUAUGAAUUUGUGGGAUGGAUUCAGUUUAUUGAUAAUCGAAGAACGCAAAAUCCCAAAAUAUUUAGAAGUCGAUGGCUAUCGUAUUCCAGCUAUAUUUUCGGUUAAUGCAUUUAGAUCCGCUGUACAUUAUAGUCCAAAAGAAAGCGAUGUAUUCGUAUGCACGUUUCCGAAAUGCGGAACAACGUGGCUCCAACACAUCGUAGCCCUCAUAUAUCGUAAAGGAGAGCCGUAUAAUGGAAUACUCGAUUUUUUUACUUCCAGCCCUUUUCUGGAAAUGUGCGGUUCCGAAGCGGCUGAAUCACCAGAAAGAUCAUUAGGAGCAAUUAAGAUUCAUCUUCCUUAUCAUCUAGCACCAAUAUCACCAAUAGCCAAAUACAUAUAUGUGGCUAGAAAUCCGAGAGAUUGUUGCGUUUCCUUUUAUCAUCACGUUAAAUCAUUGCCCAUUUAUGAGUUUCAAGAAGGGACAUUCGAAGAUUUCUUAGAACUAUUUAUUAAUGGUCAAACGAAUUUCGGUGAUUAUUUCGAUAAUUUACUCUCCUGGUAUUCUCAUAGAAACGAUAACAAUGUUUUAUUCUUAACGUACGAAAAUCUUAAGAGAAAUUUACCUGAUCAAGUGAUGAAGAUCGCUGAAUUUGUCGGAGAGGAAUAUUAUAAAAACUUGAAGAGUGAUGAAAUACUUUUUCAGACGAUCCUCCAACGAUCCAGCUUCGAGUACAUGAAGAAACACUGCAGUUGUUACUAUGAUAACUUCGUCGAAGCAUUCGAAAAAGCAUACGAUGACGGAGAAGACUUGCCAAAUGGCAUUAAAGAAUUAGUCAUAAACUUUAAAUUAUCGAAAAAUCCAACAAACGAGAAAGCUAAAGAUUGGAAUUUCAUUCGCAAGGGUAUAAUCGGCGACUGGAAAAAUCAUUUUAAUCAGGAACAACAAAGUAAAAUGGACGAAUGGAUACGAAAAAAGACUAUAGAUACUGAUGUUAUGAAUUUGUGGGAUGGGUUUUAGCUAGGAGCGCCCGUACAUUAAGACAUGUGGGGCACGUGCCCCCUUUUCAUCUGAGUUGCCCUUUUCCUAAUCCCAAUGAGGGCUUCAAAUAAUAGAAAAUUCAUGACGUCUAGCAAGCCCA